CUCGGCGCUGCUGCUCCCAGCCCAGGCCUCUUGGAGCCAGAGGCUGCUGCGAGCCGCCAUGGCCUCCACGUCGGUGAUCCUCAGCCGGGACGGCACGGCGGCGGGACCCUCUGCCACCUAUUCGUACUGCAACCGUCCCAGGCCGUUGCCGGGCAGGCAGAGGUACCGGACCUCCAUCGAUGCCAACGACACGUGAGUACCUUUAGGCUCCGAGGCUGGACCGGGGAAGGAAGGGCUCAGCCCAAAAGAGUCAAACCGACAUUCGUGAUAGACUACAGCAAUGCGCUCCCCGUGGGGCAUCCCUUGCACUCAGCCCAGAAGCAGAAUGCCGGCUGAGGCCUUGCCAGCGCAUAAUGCUAAUAAUAAUAAUAAUAAUAAUAAUAAUAAUAAUAAUAAUAAAUUAUUUAUACCCCACCUGCCAACCUAGCAGUUCGAAAGCACGUCAAGUGCAAGUAGAUAAAUAGGUACUGCUCCGGUGGGAAGGUAAACGGCGUUUCCGUGCGCUGCUCUGGUUCGCCAGAAGCGGCUUAGUCCUGCUGGCCACAUGACUCGGAAGCUGUACGCUGGCUCCCUCGGCCAAUUAAAGCGAGAUGAGCGCCACAACCCCAGCGUCGGCCAUGACUGGACCUAAUGGUCAGCGGUCCUUUACCUUUACCUCACCCAUCUGGCUGGGUUUCCCCAGCCACUCUAGGUGGCUUCCAACAGAAUAUUAAAAUACAAUACAGUGGUACCUCGGGUUACAGGCGCUUCAGGUUACAGACUCCACUAAGCCAGAAAUAUUACCUCGGGUUAAGAACUUUGCUUCAGGAUGAGAACAGAAAUCGCGCAGCGGCAGCAGGAGGCCCCAUUAGCUAAUGUGGUGCUUCAGGUUAAGAACAGUUUCAGGUUAAGAACGGACCUCCAGAACAAAUUAAGUUCUUAACCCGAGGUACCACUGUAAUCUAUUAAACAUUAAAAGCUUCCUUAAACAGGGCUGCCUUCCGAUGUCUUCUAAAAGUUAGUUGAUUUUCUCUUUGACAUCUGGUGGGAGGGCAUUCCACAGGGCGGGUGCCACCACCGAGAAGGCCCUCUGCCUGGUUCCCUGUAACUUGGCUUCUUGCAGCGAGGGAAGCGCCAGAAGGCUGGGCCUCAGUGUCCGGGCAGAACGGAGCUGAUAAACAGCUGCCCUGGACACAGAAUUGACCUGCGCCUCCAUGGACAGCUGUGAGUCCAGAAUGACUUUCAGGCUGUGCACCUGGUCCUUCAGGGGCACAGUUGCCCCAUUCAGGACCAGGGAGUCCUCCACACCUGCCCGCCUCCUGUCCCCCCAAAACAGUACUUCCGUCUUGUCAGGAUUCAGUCUCAAUCCGUUAGCCACCAUCCAUCCUGCCAAGUUCAAGGAGCCCCUGUUGGGGUUUAAAACCUUUAACAACCUGGGACUGGCUUACCUACGAGAUCACCAGGCAGAAGGCCUUCUCGGUGGUGGCACCCGCCCUGUGGAACGCCCUCCCAUCAGAUGUCAAGGAAAUAAACAACGAUAUCUGACUUUUAGAAGACAUCCGAAGGCAGCCCUGUUGAGGGAAGUUGUUAAUGUUUGAUGUUUUAUCGUGUUUUUAAUAUUCUGUUGGGAGCCGCCCAGAGUGGCUGGGGAAAGCCAGCCAGAUGGGUGGGGUAUAAAUAAUAAAUUAUUAUUAUUAUUAUUAUUAUUACUACUACUACUACUACUACUAGAUUCUUAUGCUGGUGCUACAGGCCUUCCAGCCAAGAUGGGCGAUGCUUCGUCGCAGAGGACAGCAUAUCAGAAACGGCAUAAUAAUAAUAAUAAUAAUAAUAAUAAUAAUAAUUGCACAUGAACUGAAGAAUAGCCAGAGGAAGUAAGCAACACAGACACAUGUUUGCAAGAGGCUGGUGUAGUGUCACUGCUUAUGUAAAUACUUCAGACAACCCAAACGCUCCCAAUAUAUGGGUUUGUUACCUGUUUGCUUUUGCUUUUGGUCGGUUUUAAAUGUUCCGCUUUUGUUAGAAAACGGAAUUGUUUUAUUUUGUUUGCUUCUGAUGCUUUUCAGUUGGGAAUGGUCUUGAUAUUGUAAUGUUUUUUUCUCCCUCUCUCUCUCUCUUUCUGGAUAAUUUUUAUAUAUGCUGUGAAAUUUAAGAAAGCGCUGGAAAGAAAGAAAGAAAGAGGUGCAAAGAACAAACUUGCUGCUGUUGUUAUUUUGGUUGUUGCUUUUAAGUGUGUGCGGCUGCCCAGUUGGUUUGCAAAGGAAUCAUGGAAUGGUAGAGUUGGAAUGGGGACCCUCAAAGGUCCUCUAGCCCAACCCCCUGCAACGCAGGGAUCUCAGCUAAAGUAUCCAUGAUAGAUGGCUAGCCGACCUCAGCUUAAGAGUGUUUUUAAAAAUUUAAAAAUUAAAACUGCUUCUCCUUCUACAAAAUAAAUAGAAAUCCAAUGUGUGAUUUUUCUCUUCUUGCAGAGUUAGAACCAAACGAUUCCCAGUUCAUUUUAAAACCACGCAAAAACAGUAAUAAGAACGUUCUCUGCGUUAGCUCUCAAACUACGUCAUUCUCAUUUUCGCUGGGAGUUGAAUACAAAAGCACAAUUUCAUGUCCUUUUUAGCUCACAUUUUUAAAGAACACAUUUGUUUCAGGGAAGAAAUAUCAUGGCGCCUAUAUUAUUAUUAUUAUUAUUAUUAUUAUUAUUAUUAUUAUUAUUGCUAUAAAUAGGCCCGGAACUCUGUAAGAAUUUCUAUCACAAAAUCCCCCUGGGCACAAAUACCUCUGACAGGUUUGCAAACUUGCAAAUUAAGGAGAGCUUAUUUAUUCUCACAUAGCCUUGCAGAUUUAGCAGCAGGAACAGGGACAGUGACACCCUGCUCUCUUCCGCUUCGUUGCUAAUUUAUGCUAAUUUAUUUCGAAUCCUGUCCCUCUUCAUGUUUUUUCUUCCAGGGAAGAGGAGCCCUAUCACUAUGCCAACCUCAUGUAUGAGAGGCGAGUCGUUCGGGGCAACACCUAUGCCCUUCACAUCUUACCAUGGGUGAGUUUUCCUUCUCCCGUAAACUUUGACAUAUCUAUGUAUCUAUUUCGACUGCACAUUCCAGGCAAAAGGAACAAUGUGCAGUUAACCAGUGGAACUAGCUGCUGCAAGAUGCAAGGCUUGGGCAUGAACUUUGUCCAGGAGGAGAGGACUAGUGAUGGAUAUUGCUGUCACGUUCAGACUCCACUUCCCACCGGCACAUCUGACCAAGCCACUGGGCUAGGGGGGUUUUGGGAUCCGGACAUGGGUGGCGCUAUUGUCUAAACCACUGAGACUCUUGGGCUUGCCGAUCAGAAGGUCGGGGGUUCGAAUCCCCACAACGGGUGUGUUAUGUACUGAAGUUCUCACCCUGGGCCAGCAGGGGCAUACUGUAGAUAGUUAUGCAAAUGAAGGCUCGAAAGUGACGUUCAGUGAUUGGAUAGUUUUAGAAAGUUGCUACAGUAACGUUGUACUGGAGCUCUAUAUAAGCAGGCUGACUGAGCCCUUCAGUUCAGUUCUGUCCUGGCCUCUGAAUAAACAAGAGCUGUUUGAAGAAUCGCUGUGUCGUCUGAUAUGUUCACCCACAACUUAACAGGGUGAGCUCCCGUCGCUCUGUCCCAGCUCCUGCCAACCUAGCAGUUCAAAAGCACACCAGCGCAAGUAGAUAAAUAGGUACCACUGCGGCGGGAUGGUAAACGGCGUUUCUGUGCACUGUGGUUUCCGUCACUGUGUCCUGUUGUGCCAGAAGUGGUUUAGUCCUGCUGGCCACAUGACCCGGAAAGCUGUCUGCGGACAAACACCGGUUCCCUCGGCCUGAAAGCGAGAUGAGUGCCGCAACCCCAUAGUCACCUUUGACUGGACUCAACUGCCCAGGGGUCCUUUACCGCCCUGAGUAGCUGUGGGUUAUAGGGCAGUGUUGAAAUCUAAUAAAUAAGAUUAAGGACACUGCAUGACCCGCUUUCUCUCUGUCCAUCCCCUCCGCCAGAGCAGUGAACCCGAUCCUCUGGAGCUUCAACGGCAGCGAGAAGCCCAGCGUAAAGCGUUGGCCCGGAGGAGAGCUAGGGACCAGCUUCAGACAAGAACCCCAGAACCUUUAGAAGGCAGGAGGCAUGUCGACGUUCAGACAGGUAAGGCACCAGGCGGAGAAGGAGGGCAAAAUGCUUAUCUCAGGAAUACUGGGGAAUGGCAAAAUAGAAAGAUUGGUAUAAAAUUAUGAUCUUAGCUGGUAUGCUUGUUAUUGCAUCAGGGUGGAAAGGAAACGAUAAAUGGACAAUGGAAUAAUGGAAUGACUAUGUUUUUGAAUACAUACAAUCUGACAUAUUUGAACAGGUAAUGACGGAAGAUACAUGGGAAAACAAAUGUCAAAAGAUUUUGAAUAAAUGGAAUUGGAGGGACGCGGGUGGUGCUGUGGGUUAAACCACAGAGCCUAGGGCUUGCCGAUCAGAAGGUCGGCUGUUCGAAUUCCCGCGACGGGGUGAGCUCCCGUUGCUCGGUCCCUGCUCCUGCCAACCUAGCAGUUUGAAAGCAUGUCAAAGUGCAAGUAGAUAAAUAGGUACCGCUCCGGCGGGAAGGUAAACGGCGUUUCCGUGCGCUGCUCUGGUUCGCCAGAAGCGGCUUAGUCAUGCUGGCCACAUGACCCGGAAGCUGUACGCCGGCUCCCUUGGCCAGUAAAGCGAGAGGAGCACCACAACCCCAGAGAUGUCCGCGACUGGACCUAACAGUCAGGGGUCCCUUAGGUAAUUUGUAAAUUUUCCCCACUCCUCACUAAAGCUCCUCUCUUCCUUGUUUCUGAUUUUCCUGGUCGAUAGGGGUGGAGAUGCUCCUUCAGGUAUACUGGACCGAGGCCGUUUAGGGCUUUAAAGGUCAGCACCAACACUUUGAAUUGUGCUCAGAAACAACCUGGGAGCCAAGGUUGGUCUUUCAGGACUGGUGUUAUAUGGUCUCGGCGGCCACUCCCGGUCCCCAGUCUAGCUGCCGCAUUCUGGAUUAGUUGUGGUUUCCGGGUCACCUUCAAAGGCAGCCCCACGUAGAGUGCAUGGCAGUAGUCCAAGCGGGAGAUAACUAGAGGCAUAAUCCCCAAGAUAAGGGGAUCCAGCGGGGAGAAGAAUCUUUGAUAGUGCUUUGAUACCAUCUCCAGAACCAGGUGGCGAAGAGAUGGAUGGGGAAAGAAGCUGAUGGGGAAGUGGAGAGGCAAAACACCCCCCCCAUCCCAAAUAGUAAAGGUAAAGGGACCCCUGACCAUUAGGUCCAGUUGUGACCGACUCUGAGGUUGCGGCACUCAUCUCACUUUAUUAGCCAAGGGAGCCGGCGUACAGCUUCCGGGUCAUGUGGCCAGCAUGACUGAGCCACUUCUGGCAAACCAGAGCAGCGCACGGAAACACCGUUUACCUUCCAUCCUGAUUGUCCUCCGGGCAGGAGAUUUGCAUCGGGGUCGGGAGAGCUGCAAAACUGCCGCUACACAAGAGCAUCCCAAAUGUCAUUUCAGAGCUGUACCUGGAAGAGCUUGCGGACCGUAUCAUCGAAGUGGACAUGGAAUGCCAAACGGACGCGUUUCUGGACCGGCCGGCAACGCCUCUGUUCAUCCCCGCGAAGACCGGCAGAGAUGUGGCCACCCAGAUCUGGGAAGGAGAUGUACGUUAGAACCAUAGAACCGUAGAGUCGGCAGGGACCCCCAGCGGUCACUUAGACCAACCCCCUCUGAGCCAAGCCUGGCAAGUGUGUUUCAGGCUUCCAGAACUCCGAUCUAGGCAAGACUUUGGACCUUGCGAAAUUUCCUGGGGGUUGGAACUUGACUGUGCUCAAUGCCACGUCCAACACUGCUAGGGGCGCAGGUGGUGCUUUGGUCUAAACCAUGGGUAGGCAAAUUAAGGCCCGGAGGCCGUAUCCAGCCCAAUCACCUUCUAAAUCUUGACCAUGGAUGGUCCGGGAAUCAGCGUGUUUUUACAUGAGUACAAUGUGUCCUUUUGGCGGGACAGUGUUCUUGAAGCUACCAGCAUGAGUUUGACCAAACUGCGGGAGGCAGUGGAAGACAGGAGUGCCUGGCGUGCUCUGGUCCAGGGGGUCACGAAGAGGUGGACACGACUAAACAACAACAACAAUAAUGUGUCCUUUUAUUUAAAAUACAUCUCUGGGUUAUUUGUGGGGCCUGCCUGGUGUUUUUACAUGAGUAGAAUGUGUGCUUUUAUUUCAAAUGCAUCUCUAAAUUCUUUGUGGGGCAUAGGAAUUCGUUCAUUCCCCCCAAAAAAAUAUAGUCCAGCCCCCCACAAGGUCUGAGGGACAGUGGACCGGUCCCCUGCUGAAAAAGUUUGCUGAGCCCUGGUCUAAACUACAGAGCCUCUUGGGCUUGCCGAUCGGAAGAUCGGCGGUUCGAAUCCCCGUGAUGGGGUGAGCUAGGGCAUGGUACUCUUAUUGUUCCAUUUCUUCUAUGAACCAGUUUCUAUAAAGCAUCUCAAAACGAUUUCACAACAAAAACUUGUAUUUCAAAAACUGCACAUAUAAAGACACUUAAAACCAUUGUAUAAGGGGAGCACACGGCGCUGUGGUCUAAACCACUGAGCCUCUUGGGCUUGCCGAUCGGAAGGUCGGCGGUUUGAAUCCCCGUGACGGAGUGAACUCCCAUUGCUUAGUCUCUGUUCCUGCCAACCUAGCAGUUUGAAAGCACGCCAGUGCAAGUAGAUAAAUAGGUACCACUGUGGCGGGAAGUUUGUCUUGAUGUGCAGAUUUACGCUUUAAAGAAAACCAUUUCUCCAGACGUUCCCUUAUGUCAGCCCACCUCUGAUUUCUCCUCUUUGUUUCGCCCCCCCCCCAGCUUUUCGAUUUUGAUAUCGAAGUGAGGCCGAUGCUGGAGGUCUUGGUUGGCAAGACCAUCGAGCAAGCGUUGCUGGAAGUCAUGGAGGAAGAGGAACUCGCCGACCUGCGGGCGCAUCAGUACGCGUACCACGAGCUGCGCCGUGCGGAACUCGCUGAGGUCCAGAGACUUGAGGAGCAGGAGCGGCGGCACAGAGAGGAAAAGGUACAGAGUCCGGCACUGCUAGCUGGGAGGGAAGGGGAAAGAAGCAGUGGUUUUCAACCCGUGUGCCGUGGCACCCUGGGGUGCCUUGAAUGGUGGUGUUGUAAACAAAAAUUGCCCUUUUCCCUUAUGGGGUAUCCAAGUGCCCAUAUAGAGUCCUUACAUAGGUUCCCUAUUGGUCAGAUACAUCAUACGUACAUCACAGAAACGGCGGUCUUAAAACAGAAAUUUGAAUGUUGUUUUUCUCCAGUCGUUGUUUAGCUCCUGUCUGGCAGGUUACUUGAUUGGAUUGCCUGGGUAGCCUGGCCAGUCUUUUGUAGUGAUAAAUAUUUAGUUCCUGGGCCAGGUCACAGGCUCACACCCUGUUCAAACACAGACACACCCUUAAGACAGGAUUUGUGAAGGAAAAGACAAUGGGGAGGCUUUUCCACUUCGACCUUGCAGAGAAAACAUUUGGUCAGUUUGGGACAGUUUGGGAAUCAAAAUGGUUCCAGGUCGGUCUUCCUGUGCUGAUCUAUGUACGUGCUUGGUUGGUACACUUAUGAACAUUUAACAUACCGUAUUUUCCGCUCUAUAAGACGCACCAGACCACAAGACGCACCUAGUUUUUGGAGGAGGGAAACAAGAAAAAAAAUAUUCUGAAUCUCAGAAGCCAGAACAGCAAGAGGGAUCGCUGCGCAGUGAAAGCAGCAAUCCCUCUUGCUGUUCUGGCUUCUGGGAUAGCUGCGCAGCCUGCAUUCGCUCCAUAAGACGCACACACAUUUCCCCUUACCUUUUAGGAGGGAAAAAGUGAGUCUCAUAGAGCAAAAAAAUGGUAUAUCUAAGACCUCAAAAUUCCUAUCACAAUGGUCAGGGGUGCCGUGGGCAAAAAGGCCUCUGUCCCUCUUUCCUUCCCUCCCUUCUCUGAUGCCCUCUGGCAUCUCUGCCCUCUGGCGUCUCUGUCUCCCAAAGGCUUGCACAGCUGUUUGUUGCAGCAGCCCUGGCUGCAAGCUGCCCGUGCGAAUGGUGCCUCUGGGGCUGGCCAGGGGGCGCUGGGUGCCAGGAGCAGAGACGGCCUUGGAAUAAGCAAGCAAGCAAGCGGGUGAGGGAGCCCAGUCUGCCAGCCCUUGCUGUUGGGAAUGGGCAGGCAAGUACCAGGCCCCUGUGGGGCAGUGUGAGGAGGCACCUAUCUUUGGGGCGGGGGGGGCAGCUCAGAGACCAGGGGUGGAGGCAGUGACUGCCUGGAGGACUCCCAAGGAGAGGGGAGAGGAGAGGUAGCUGGGGGAACGCUCCACAAGGGAGGGUGUUUGAAAAAGGGGUGAGGGGCUGCCAGCUCUGCAGGCAAGAGGGGACAUAACUGGGCUCCUGAGCCCCACAGGGGUGCCACAGACAACCCUGGCCUCUGUCCCUCUUUCCUUCCCUCCCUCCUCUGAUGCCCUCUGGCGUCUCUGCCUCCCAAAGGCUUGCACAGUUGUUUGUUCCAGCAGCCCUGGCUGCAAGCUCCCCACGUGAAUGGUGCCUCUGGGGCUGGCCAGGGGGCGCUGGGUGCCAGGAGCAGAGACGGCCUUGGAAUAAGCAAGCAAGCAAGCGGGCGAGGGAGCCCAGUCUGCCAGCCCUUGCUGUUGGGAAUGGGCAGGCAAGUACCAGGCCCCUGUGGGGCAGUGUGAGGAGGCACCUAUCUUUGGGGCGAGGGGGGCGGCUCAGAGACCAGGGGCAGCAGCAGCGGCUGCCCAGAGGUCUCCCCAGGAGAGGGGCAAGGAGGCUGAGGGAGGGUGUUCAAAAAAGGGUGAGGGGCUGCCAGCUCUGCAGGCAAGGGGUGACCUAACUGGGAGCCAGUGUGGUGUAGUGGUUAAGAACGGUAGAUUCAUAAUCUGGGGAACCAAGUUCGAGUCUCCGCUCCUCCACCUGCAGCUGCUGGGUGACCUUGGGCUAGUCACACUUCUCUGAAGUCUCUCAGCCCCACUCACCUCACAGAGUGUUUGUUGUGGGGGAGGAAGGGAAAGGAGAAUGUUAGCCGCUUUGAGACUCCUUCAGGUAGUGAUAAAGCGGGAUAUCAAAUCCAAACUCCUGAGCCCCACAGGGGUGCCACAGACAACACUGGCAUCCACAGACAACACUCUGAUGCCCUCUGGCAUCUCUGCCCCCUGGCGUCUCUGCCUCCCAAAGGCUUGCACAGCUGUUUGUUGCAGCAGCCCUGGCUGCAAGUUCCCCAGGCGAAUGGUGCCUCUGGGGCUGGCCAGGGGGCACUGGUUGCCAGGAGCUGAGACGGCCCUGGAGUAAGCAAGCAAGCGGGCGAGGGAGCCCAGUCUGCCAGCCCUUGCUGUUGGGAAUAGGCGACAUGUCUGUGGGGCAGUGUGAGGUGGUGUUUCUCUUUGGGGGGCAGCUCAGAGACCAGGGGCAGCAGCAGCGGCUGCCCAGAGGACUCCCCAGGAGAGGGGCAAGGAGGCUGAGGAGGGAGGGUGUUCAAAAAGGGGUGUGGGGCUGCCAGCUCUGCAGGCAAGGGGGGACCUAACUGGUCUCCUGAGUGCCACAGGGGUGCCGCAGAAAGAAAGUUCAAGGGAGCCAUAGACUUAAAAAGGUCAAAAACCUCUGGGCUAAAGUAUUGGGGUGGGGGAUUUCCAGUCAAGGAAAGAAGGUGACUGUCACAUCAGUUUCUGAAGGGAUUACAUGGGCUCCCUGUGGUGUUUCCAAGCCCAGUUCAAAUUUCUGCUUCUUGCCCUACAAACUCUCCAAGAAUAUCUGGAGGCCACAGCUAGCGGAUUUCUUAUGAGAUCACCUGACGCUGCAUGCGUUCAUGCAACAACAACAACAAUUUUAUUAUUUAUAUUCCGCCCAUCUGGCUGGGUUGACCCAGACACUCUGGGCGGCUUCCAACAAAAUAUUAAAACGCAGAAAACUUCCCUGAACAUAGGGGACAUAGGUUUCUGGGCGGGAGUUGAUCACGGUGUGGAUUUGCCAAGCGUGCCUUCCUCUUAGCACGUUUCUCCCUUGCGUCCUGAGUUCGAGAGUCUUCAAAACCCAUGACACCUUUGGUAAAGGCUGUUCUCCAAUUGGAGCGCUCGCAGGCCAGUGCUUCCCAGUUGUCAGUGUUUAUACUACUGUGGUGCCUUGGAAGUCAAACGGAAUCCAUUCCGGAAGUCCGCCCGACUUCCAAAACAUUCGUAAACCGAGGUGCGGCUUCCGAUUGGCUGCAGGAAGCUCCUGCAGCCAAUCGGAAGCCGCGGAAGCCAUGUUGGACGUUUGGGUUCCAAAGAACGUUCACAAACCGGAACAGUCCUUUCCUGGGUUUGCAGCGUCCGGGAGCCAAAACGUUCGACUCGCAAGGCAUCCAGGAUCCAAGGUUUGACUGUACGUACAUUUUUUUAAGAUUUGCCUUGAGAGAGUCUUUACAUCUCUUCGGUUGACCAUCAGCUACCGGGUCUGAUUCAAAGCCUGCUGAAAUGGCUUGGGAAAUAGACCCAAAACAAAACCCGGAAGUUCCACAACCGCUGCUUUCUCCUUUCCGGCAGGAGCGUCGUAAAAAGCAGCAGCUACAAGUCCUUCAGAAGGAGAAAGAAACUUCGGAGAAGAUUGCAGCUCGGGCUUUUGCUCAACGCUACCUGUCGGACCUUAUUCCUUCCGUCUUCGGCAGCCUUCGGGAGAGUGGAUACUUCUACGACCCAGUGGAGAGAGGUGUGUGGCUUGCUGUGUGUUGGGACAGCAGGGGGGGCUCUCAUUCUGAUUUCAGGCUCCCCAAGUGUUAAGUUGUGGGUGAACAUAUCAGACGACACAGCAAUUCUUCAAACAGCUCUUGUUUAUUCACAGGCCAGAACAGAACUGAGCUGAAGGGUUCAGUCAGCCUGUUUAUAUAGAGCUCCAGUACAACGUUACUGUAACAACUUUCUAAAACUAUCCAAUCACUGAACGUCACUUUCGAUCCCUUAUUUGCAUAACUAUCUACAGUAUCCCCCUGCUGGCCCAGGGUGAGAACUUCAGUACAUAACACCAAGAAAGGCAUCUGUCUUGCCAAACGCAAGGUGGUUCUUUUAAAUGAGAUUCAGAGGCAAUACGAACACAAGCGAGUGAGAAGAUUUUAUUCUAAACAGCAAGCAAUACAGUGGUACCUCUGGUUAUGUACUUAAUUCGUUCUGGAGUUCUGUUCUUAACCUGAAACUGUUCUUAAACUGAAGCACCACUUUAGCUAAUGGGGCCACCCGCUGUCUCCACGUGAUUUCUGUUCUCGUCCUGAAGCAAAGUUCUUAAUCUGAGCUACUAUUUCUGGGUUAGCGGAGUCUGUAACCUGAAGCGUAUGUAACCUGAAGCGUAUGUAACCCAAGGUACCACUGUAUAUACAUUACCUGCUAGGCUAGUGACUGGGAGCGGCUGACAAGACCACAUAACACUGGUCUUGAAGACCCACGUUGGCUCCCAGUACGUUUCCAAGCACAAUUCAAAGUGUUGGUGCUGACCUUGAAAGCCCUAAAUGGCCCAGUAUACCUGAAGGAGCGUCUCCACCCCCAUCGUCCAGCCUGGACACUGAGAUCCAGCUCCAAAGGUCUUCUGCUUGUUCCCUUACUGCGAGAAGCAAAGUUACAAGGAACCAGCCAGAGGGCCUUCUCGGUGGUGGCACCCGCCCUGUGGAACGUCCUCCCAUCAGAUGCCAAGGGAAUAAACAACUAUUUGACUUUUUGAAGAUAUCUGAAGGCACCCCUGUUUAGGGAAGCUUUUAAUGUCAGAUGUUUUAUUGUAUUUUUAAUAUUUUGUUGGAAGCUGCCCAGAGUGGCUGGGGAAAGCCAGCCAGAUGUUUUAUUAUUAUUAUUAUAUCAAGCAACACUUCAGUCUGCCACAAGACAUGGCGACGCGACCACCCAGGUAGCCUUCAUUUGCAUGACCCUCUGGCAAUCUGGUCCUCUGUGUCAUGGGCUUUGAAGACACUCGAACUCAGGGCGAAAGGGAGAAACAUGCUAAGAGGAAGGCAUGCUUGGCAAACCUUCACCGUGAUCAACUCCCGUCCGGACACCUAUGUCCCCACUGUGGAUGGACGUGUGGAUCCAGAAUUGGCCUCCACAGUCACUUACGGGCCCACUGUUAAAACUGUGUUUAUGGAAGACAAUCUUACUCAGCUACGCUACGAGGGAUCGCCAAAGAAGAAGGAGAAGUAGUGCAUGAAAAUAGGGAUAAAAGGAGAGUCCCCAUCCUUUUUCUUUGUUGUUCCAGAAGCUUGGCCUUCUCAGUGUUCUUCCAAGUCACUGUUUAGCUAGGAGAACUUCCAAACCGCUUCCAGAACCAGAUCACGUUCAAGUGUUUGUUCGAAUACACGAAGUCUCAAUCCACGGGCCUGGGCAGAGGAUUUGGUGAUUCAGAGCAGUCGCAAUCUUCAAAAGUGACAAUUUGGAAAGGCCCCACCUCUAAAUAUUUAUAGUUUCUGGGCUUCUGACGCAUUCUGACACAGAUUGCUUGUAUUGGUUAAAUAAGGCAGGUUUGGUUUCUUUUGCUAUUCAUUUUAACAUCAGACCCACCUUUUUGGGUGGAAGCAAGACUUAAUUUGUCCAUGGAGUUUUCUUGGCAGGGAUACUGGAGUGGCUUGCCGGUUCCUCUUCCAGGUGGAUCACGUUUGGUCAAAACUCUCCACUAUGACCAGUCCAUCUUGGGUGCCCUGCUCCACAUAGUUCAUAGCUUCUCUGAGUUGUUCAAGCCCCUUCGCCACGGCAAGGCAGUGAUCCAUGAAGGGGUGAAAGAGGAGAGCGCAAAAUAUGGUCUGAAGCUCAACAUCAAAAAAACGAAGAUCAUGGCCACUGGUCCCAUCACCUCCUGAGAAAUAGAAGGGGAAGAAAUGGAGGCAGUGAGAGAUUUUACUUUCUUGGGCUCCAUGAUCACUGCAGAUGGUGACAGCAGUCACGAAAUUAAAAGACGCCUGCUUCUUGGGAGAAAAGCAAUGACAAACCUGGACAGCAUAUUAAAAAGCAGAGACAUCACCUUGCCAACAAAGGUCCGUAUAGUAAAACCUAUGGUUUUCCCAGUAGUGAUGUAUGGAAGUGAGAGCUGGACCAUAAAGAAGGCUGAUCGCCGUUGAAUGGAUGCUUUUGAGAAUGGAGACUCUUGAGAGUCCCAUGGACUGCAAGAAGAUCAAACCUCUUCAUUCUUAAGGAAAUCAGCCCUGAGUGCUCACUGGAAGGACAGAUCCUGAAGCUGAGGCUCCAAGACUUUGGCCACCUCAUGAGAAGAGAAGACUCCCUGGAAAAGACCCUGAUGUUGGGAAAGAUGGAGGGCCCAAGGAGAAGGGGACGGCAGAGGACGAGAUGGUGGGACAGCGUUCUCGAAGCUACCAGCAUGAGUUUGACCAAACUGCAGGAGGCAGUGGAAGACAGGAGUGCCUGGCGUGCUCUGGUCCAGGGGGUCACGAAGUCGGACACGACUAAACGACUAAACAAGAAGAAGAAGAAGACUUAAUUUUGCAGGGGGCAUAUCAGAAACCCUUUCCAAAGGGCAAUUCUUGGAGGUGAGCCAGUAGGAGUUGAGUUUGAGAACCAAGGGUUCAAGCCAAAGACUAGGGACAGGGGGCACUUUUGAUGGAAGCCGCUUUCCCAAACCAGCGUGUGAACUCAGGGUUCAUGCCUCGAAAUCCACAUUUCUCCGUGGACUUCUCCAGCCAAACACUGCACAUGGAAAACGUUGACACAAAACUGUUUAUCUUGCAGAACACAGCGUACAAAACCAGGGGAAACAGCUUGCAAAGAUGAGGAUAUUAGGCAAAAAUGUGUACCGCUGGAUGUGCUUAGAUGUUGCUGGGUUGUUGUUUUUUGCAAUUUAAAAGGUAAAUGGACCCCUGACCAUUAGGUCCAGUCGCAGACGACUCUGGGGUUGCGGUGCUCAUCUCGCUUUAUUGGCUGAGGCAGCCGGCGUACAGCUUCUGGGUCACGUGGCAGCAUGACUAAGCCCCUUCUGGCGAACCAGAGCAGCGCACGGAAACGUCGUUUACCUUCCCGCCGGAGCGGUACCUAUUUAUCUACUUGCACUUUGACGUGCUUUCGAACUGCUAGUUUGGCAGGAGCAGGGACCGAGCAACAGGAGCUCACCCUGUUGUGGGGAUUCGAACCGCCGACCUUCUGAUCGGCAAGUCCUAGGCUCUGUGGUUUAACCCACAGCGCCACCCGCGUCCCUCUUUGUGCAAUUUAGUGGCAUGCAAAUUCUGUUAAGUGAAUGGAAUAAACACAAGAAUGCCUUUAAUAGGAGAAAUGUGCCUGGAAAUGCAGAAGAAUGUUCACGCAGGCCUUUUUGAAAAACAUGUGGCUGAUGAAAACUUAAGAAACACAAGGAACCGGAAUGGAUAGAUUUGGCUGUCCUCAGUAAAGGCUACCAUUGCCCUGGAAAGUUUCGGCGAGAAAUAAGUGCUUCCUAUUAAGGAGAGUCCAUGGCUCGUGGAUCAGUUGCAGUCAGCCUCCAGAUUGUAGAAUCAAAUAACUGUAGAGUUUGAAGGGACUCCAAGGGUCAUCCAGUCCAACCCACUGAAAUGCAGGAAUCUUUUGCCCAACCUGGGGCUCGAACCCACAACUCUGAGAUUAAGAGUCUCAUGCUGUAAACAACUGAGCUUUCCCAGAUGUUGUUGCAGAGGGGAACGCAACUGGUUUGCCUGCUGCAGGGGCACCACAACAAUUACUUAGAAUGUUCCCGCCAGAGUGGUACCUAUUUAUCUACUUGCGCUGGUGUGCUUUCGAACUGCUAGGUUGGCAGGAGCUGGGACAGAGCAACAGGAGCUCACCCCAUCACGGGGAUUCGAAUUGCCAACCUUUUUAAUCGGCAAGCCCAAGAGGCUCAGGGGUUUAGACCACAGCACCACACUGAAAUUUGAAAGCCCAAAGUCGCCCGGUUGGUUGCUAUGCUCCGGCUCCCACCAGCUCCUGCUUGCAUAGGCAAUGGUGAGAGAUGAUGGGAGGCACAAUAUGGCUCCCACGCGUGGGCCAAAUCUCUCCAUCCCUGGUCAAGACAAAUGCUCAGGCCUGACGCCCUUGUUGCACCUUCUGAUCGGCAAGCAGAUGUGGAGGGUUUGAGACCGUGGAGAAGAGGCUCCACCUAGGAAUCCACCUAGAGUCAAGCCCUGCUUCUGCUCUACAAGUUUCCCUGGGAGUAAGACCUGGCGAAAACAAUGAGAGUUACUUUUGAGCAAAGGUAAAAAGGUAAAGGGACCCCUGACCAUUAGGUCCAGUUGUGGCCGACUCUGGGGUUGCGGCACUCAUCUCGCUUAACUGACCGAGGGAGCCGGCGUACAGCUUCCGGGUCAUGUGGCCAGCAGGACUAAGCCGCUUCUGGCGAACCAGAGCAGCCCACGGAAACACCGUUUACCUUCCCACCUAUUUAUCUACUUGCACUUUGACGUGCUUUCAAACUGCUAGAUUGGCAGGAGCUGGGACAAAGCAACGGGAGCUCACCCUGUCAUAGGGAUUUGAACCGCCAGUCUUUUUAAUUGGCAAGCUUUUAAUUGCCCUUGUUGCACCACAGAGUGGGUGAGCUCUUUCUGCUUCCAGCCUCAGCUGCUCUACCAAACAACAACCUUCCAAUAUUUCUCCAUUCGGGUAAUAAUUUUUAAAAUCUCUCCUUGUAUUUCACAGACAUCGAGACAGGCUUCUUCCCGGGGAUGAUGUCGGAGAUACAAGAGAUCAUGGAAAACCGGGUUCUGGGCAGAACAAUAGCCGACAGUAAGUUAAAUUAUCCGGGGGUGGGGUUUUUCCCCAUGUGCAAAUAAGGUUCGGUGGCUGUUGUUUUCUUACAAAACGACAAUGCAAAAUUAUAUAUUUUUCUAAAUAAAAGCAAAGCUCCUUGGUUCGUUCUCUGGCAACUGCAGCCUUGGGAGUCACCGCCAGAAAGCAGCUCCCUCAGCUUCAAGUUGGGGGGCUCAUUGCAAAUUAUUGGGGGGGCCCUCGCAAAUUAUCUCCUAAAAGUUUUUUUUAUUUUACCAACCAACAGUUUUGACAAACCAAUUUUAUUACACAAAACGUACAGUAUUCAUUUCGAUCUGUUGUCGCAGGGCUCCUAAAAGGUGUGGUGCCCUUAGUCUACGCGGCCGGUUUGGUUAAACCGGCCGUGAUUGCUGAUCUGUGCCUGAUUCCUGCGCCGAAAUCAACUACCAUAACUGGCUCUGGCCUAUUCAUUCCUGAGCAUUUAGGAGGAUACAGUGGAUGUUCGGGUUGCGAACGUGAUCCGUGCGUGAUGCACAUUCGCAACCCGCAGAGUUCGCAACCUGCAGCGGCGCAUCUGCGCAUGCGCGGGUUGCGAUCCGGCACUUCUGCGCAUGCGCAAAGCAUGAUUUAGUGCUUCUGCGCAUGUGCGACCGCCAAAACCCGGAAGUAACCCGUUCCGGUACUUCCGGGUUUCGGCGGUCCGUAACUUGAAAAAACACAACCUGAAGCGUCUGUAACCCGAGGUACGACUGUGUUACCAUUUACAAUUUCUAACGCGACACAACUUUCCUUGCAGACUUAAUCCGAGACAUGAUGGAAAUGAGGCUGGACUGCUACGAGAAAGGAGUGUUGCCGGUCCGGCCGGAGGUCAUUCUGCCCCCCGACCCGGAAGACGCCAUGAUUCCCUCCAUGGAAUUAUUGUUGGGCGCGAGCCCGGAUCCACAGGGAAUCAUGGAACAGCUGGAAUCCCUUGGCCAACUGGACGUCUUGGAUCAGCCAGAUGUUUACGGCCAGUUGGAAGCCUUGGAUAAGCUGGAAGCUCCUGGCCAAUCCGAAGCCACGGAACAGCCACCGAUUUCAGACCAGCCGGAAGCCCCAGAUCAGCUGGAAUCCGCUCCAGAUCAGGACAAAGCAGCAGAAGAGCCAGAAGUCAAGGAGCCAGAACCACAGUGAUGGGAUUACUAAAUGAAUCAGGUAGGGCAGGUGUGAAUUAGUUCUUCAAUCCCCAAAAGAAUUAUUAUUAUUAUUAUUAUUAUUAUUAUUAUUAUUAUUAUAUCCCACCUUUCCCCAGACUGAAAUUUAAGGCAGUUUGCAGAUAUUAUUAUUGUUGCAAAAGCUGGGUGCCACCUCCGCUUGCUGCAAAAGUGGGGGAUUAAAGGGAGUCCCCAGCAAAUUCAUGGGACGUGUGUGGCGCUGUGGCUUAAGCCACAGAGCCUAGGACUUGCUGAUCAGAAGGUCGGUGGUUCGAAUCCCCGCGAGGGGGUGAGUUCCCGUUGCUUGGUCCCUGCUCCUGCCAACCUAGCAGUUCAAAAGCACGUCAAAGUGCAAGUAGAUAAAUAGGUACCACUCCGGCGGGAAGGUAAACGACGUUUCCGUGCGCUGCUCUGGUUCGCCAGAAGUGGCUUAGUCCUGCUGGCCACAUGACCCAGAAGCUGUACGCCAGCUCCCUCGGCCAGUAAAGCGAGAUGAGCGCCGCAACCCCAGAGUCGGUCACAACUGGACCUAAUGGUCAGGGGUCCCCUUUACCUUUUACCAGCAAAUUCAUGGAGCCAGCAACCUUUCCAAAUUCCAAUUGCUGGAAGCCACAGGAGCUGGUUUUGUGUUCGAAUCGUGCUCACUGGUUUCUCACAGGCAUCUGGUCAGCCGCUGUGAGAAGAGGAUGACGGCCUAGAUGGGGCCAUUGGCCCUGAUCCAGCAAGACCCAUUUUUACGUUCUUAGGUUUGCCUCUUCCCUUCCAACCCCUUUCCCUUUUGUAAGAACUGCCUUCGUAAAAACCGCUUGGGGAGUCUUCUUCUUUUUUCUUUUUUGCCGACGGGCAGAGUAAAAUAAGAAUAAUAAUACUUCAAAUAAAAUAAAAUUGAAUGUGGUUCAAGGGAUACCAUUAUUGUUAGCAAGGGGGAAACCUCCCCCCUUUCCUGAUAUUUAUUGUCAGGGCCGGAUUUAGGUUUGAUGAGGCCCUAAGCUCCUGAAGGUCAUAGCUGUCAACCUUCCCUUUUUUGCGGGAAAUUCCCUUAUUCCAGCGUCGUUUCCCACUGCUUCCUGCUGCUAUCCCGGAUUGUUAGAUAUCCCGUGGACUGUCCUCGGGACAGGUGAGGCUGAUGAUCCCUUAUUUACAAAUCUGAAAGUUGACAGCUAUUCUGAAGGUAAUGGGGCCCUUUAUAUGUCCAGCUGUCCCUUGUCAACAACAAAUUGCCGCUGUUUUUUGUGUUGAAUAUAUGCUAUACAGUGGUACCUCGGGUUACAUAUGCUUCAGGUUACAUACGCUUCAGGUUACACACUCCACUAACCCAGAAAUAGUGCUUCAGGUUAAGAACUUUGCUUCAGGAUAAGAACAGAAAUCGGGCUCUGGCGGCGCAGCGACAGCAGGAGGCCCCAUUAGCUAAAGUGGUGCUUCAGGUUAAGAACAGAUUCAGGUUAAGAAUGGACCUCCGGAACAAAUUAAGUACUUAACCUGAGGUACCACUGUAUGGUCAUUUAUGGACCUCAUAGGUAUCUCAAGCCAUUUGCCCAUGUUUCCAUGCAACCAGUCCAUGCAGAAUGUAGGCACCUUAUAUAUAGAAAGGAGCAAACCAGUGACUUUUUAGGGAGCAGGCUAGCAAACCAGUGACUUUUUAGGGAGCAGGGAGCAGACUUUUUAGGGAGCAGGGGCCCAUGACCUGCAUCCUGGGAGCCUACACGACACAAAACACUGUUGCUGUAUGUAGGCUUUAUAGUAUUUGUUUUUUUAUCUUAUAUUUUGAAAAUGUACAUCCAGUUUUUUCCCCCUUUAAAUUUUUUGGGGCCCCCAAGAGAGUGGAGCCCUAUAAGCUUGUCUAGCUUAUACGUAAACCCGGCAUUGUUUAUUGUGCGUUCUCCCCGCAAGAUGGCAGCAUCGCCACUGGGAUGUUAACAAAACCAAAAGCAUCAGAGCAAGCCUUCCUGUCUAGCCUGUGGGGGCUGAGAUGCGAGUGAGUUGCAGUGAUUUCAGUUCUCCUCCUCUGGAAUCCGUUUCAGUUUAGAGCAGGGCUCAGCAAACCUUUUCAGCAGGGGGCCGGUCCAUGGUCCCUCAUACCUUUUUUUUGGGGGGGCGGACUACAUUGGUACCUCUGGUUACAUACUUUAUUCGUUCCGGAGGUCCAUUCUUAAGCUGAAACUAUUCUUAACCUGAAGCACCACUUUAGCUAAUGGGGCCUCCUGCUGCCGCCGCGCAAUUUCCGUUCUCAUUCUGAAGCAAAGUUCUUAACCCGAGGUACUAUUUCUGGGUUAGGGGAGUCUGUAACCUGAAGCGUAUGUAACCUGAAGCGUAUGUAACCCGAGGUACCACUGUAUAUGGUGGGGGAAUGAACGAAUUCCUAUGCCCCACAAAUAACCCAGAGAUGCAUUUUAAAUAAAAGCACACAUUCUACUCAUGUAAAAACACGCUGAUUCCCGGACCGUCCGUGGGUUGGAUUUAGAAGGCGAUUGGGCCGCAUCCUGCCCCCAGGCCUUAGGUUGCCUACCCCUGGCUUAGGUAGAGAGCUUGGGAAAAUCCCCCUUUUAAGAAGAACUGGUUGCAGUUCAACAUGUCUGCAAAGGAACUAAUUCCAGUUCACGUCUGGUUCACGUUCGGCCAGUGCCGGGAUUUACGUAUAAGCUAAACAAGCUAUAGCUUAGGGCCCCACUCUCUUGGGGGCCCCCAAAAAAUUAAAGAAAAAAAAACUGGAUGUACAUUUCCAAAAUAUAAAAAACAAAUAAAAUUUAUUAAUUAUUACUCUCCCUUCUUCCUUUUUUAAAAAAAAUACAUUUUUAUUGAUUUUUUAACAUAUCAGUUCCAACAGUCAUACAACAUAUCUUCACAUCUUAUAAAAUAUUUUUGACUUCCGUCAACACACCUCUGAUGAUUUUCCGUUCUUUAUCACUUAUUCUGCAUUUCUUAAUUUCCUAUUACUGUACAUUUAAUUAUCCUUAAGUAAUAAUUCUCCUCAUAGCCUUUCUUGUAAUAUUUCAAGUAAUCCACCUUACAAAACUUUUUGCAGUCCUACAGGUAUAUUUUGUUCAUCACAAUUGCUUUUCAAAUAGCUCAUAUAUUUCCUCCAGUCUUCUAAGAAUCUCUGGUCCCACAGUUUUCGAAUCCUUCCUGUUAAUUUAUCUAAUUCUGCAUUGUCCAUCAGCUUCAUCCUCCAUUCUUCUUUUGUCGGCAGUUCUUCUUGCUUCCAUCUUUGUGCCAAUAAUAGUCUUGCUGCUGUCAUUGCAUAUAAAAACAACUUGCAAUCCUGUCUAUUAAUAUCCUUAUUAUUCUCCCUUCUUCCAUGACCCUCUGCCAUCUUGCCCUCUUGAUCUUAGGCUGGUGUGCUCCUUUCACUUCGGUAAAAGUGAUAAAACUCGUGCCGGCCAUAAGAAUUACAUUUUAUUUUAUUUUUUGCCGUUCUCUUUCCAGGGAUUCCCGGAGGUCGCACCAACACGUUUGUGCCAACCGACGAAAUGCUGAAUUUAAUUGCUCCUGGUGCAAGCAAUAAAUUGAAAGCAGCGGUUUUUCAAAAAUACGUGCGAGGUCUAUGCUCUUAUUAGUCCCCCCCAAAACUCAGCGCUGAGAAACAUCACACUAGUUUUCAACGAAUUCCUCUUCUUUUUAAAUUUGUCCAUGUUCCCAUUAAUUGUUUGCAACUUAAAUGUGCCUAAAUAAAUCCCAGACGGCAUCUGGUAGAAGUUUGUUGUUAUUUAAGUUCUGUUGAAGUCAGCGAGAUACAAUUUAGCCAGAGCUAAACUUGUUGAGUGGGUUCGAUUUCAAUGGGACUAGAAGUGGUGACAAAGUUCUGCCAGAUCUGUGUGUUGACGUUUAGAAAGUUUUUAGCAACCUUUGCAUUGUUUAACCAUAGUUAUUUGCAUUAUAACCAUAGUAUCUGCCUUAUUUGACCAUAAAAUGUGUUAUUUUUUUAGAGAAUGUUUGUGCGUAUGUGCAUGCCUAUAUAUAUUUUUAGAAAGCUUAGGAUAAUUUGAUUUUUACCUAGUUGCCUUAUAAGUCUGAUUUAUUCAUGACUUCAGCAAAAAAGGAGGUUUUUCGUUUUUCUUUUAAUGUUAUUUUCCUAGUACAAAAGAAAUCAUCGUGGAGAUAAAUAGAUUGGUUGUUGUUGUUGUUGUUAUUGUUGUUGUGCUCUUCCUCCCCCCCCCCAGUCUCCCACCUCUGAACCAGGUUAUUAUUUCGUUUCAAAUGUUUCUCUUUGGAAAGCACUGUUUGUGUUUUAUCCCAUAAAGCAUUGCCGUUCAGUCGUAUUCUUAAAUAACUUUAAUGCAUUUCCAUG